UGGCGGACUGUCUCCACCGAACGGUUUCGAACUUUUCCACUUUGCUUCCUUACUGAUAUUAAAAAGGAUGAAAAGUGACCAGGCGUCCGUGACAAGACUAUUGCAACAGUGGGAUCAUGGAUCCAGGAGUGUUCGAUCAAAGAUUCUUCAUGAUUUUAUCACAGCAAACCAGGGAAAAACUGGUCCAGAACUGGAACUUGAGUUUGCUCAUGCAGCUAGCUUGUUUCUCACGAGGUUGACUGCCUGGUUACGGCUGACAUACAUGCUCGGAACAUGUGUUCAAUUGCAACUUCAGGCGAUCACCAUCUUUGUUGGCUCAUCAAGUGGGCAUAAAUUUUUGGCAGAAUUUUUAGAAGUUGGUGGUGUUUUGACUGUUCUAGAAAUUCUUGGUCUCAAGCAAGCAAAAGAGGAAGAUAAAGCUCAAGCCCUAAAGCUGCUGAUGUGUGUGGCAAACUCAGGUAGAAGAUACAAAGAGCUAAUCUGUGAAAGCUUUGGAAUCAGGGCAGUUGCAGAAUGUCUUGCAAAGUCAAACUCUGAAGAGACUCAGGAUUGUGCACGGAACCUAUUGCAGCAACUUUCAAAUGGAAAUCCAAAAUAUGAAGGACAAGUCUACAAGGCACUUAUUGCCCUGUUAAAGUGUGUGUCUCCAAAGGCUCAGCAGAUGGCAGCACAGACUCUUAGAAUAGUACAGCCCAUUGUGGGAGCAGCCAAUCCUACCAUAGUAGAACCAGUGUUGAUGUUGCUGAGAUCGCUUCACCUGGAGGUUCAGUAUGAAGCCUGCGAGCUGAUCAAAGAGCUCAUGGAGUAUGAUGUACAGCACUCUUUGCUUAAUGGUCUGGUUGGAUUGUUGAAACCAACCAAGGAAGAAAUCAAGGACAGCUCAGAAGCGACAUUGUCAGAUCCUGAUGCACCUCAGCUCCAGGCCCCUCUCCCUGUGUUUGUCCAGCAGGCAGCAGCUGCCAAGAUGAUUGGAAUCCUCGCGAAAGAAUCGCCCAAAACAGCAGAAAGUCUUGUCCAACUUCGAACUAUUCAUGGUCUUCUUUUCGCCAUGGGAAACACUCUGCAUGCUGACAGUCAAAGACAAGCGGGAAUCGCUCUUGAGUUUUUUGUCCGAUCUUAUCCUCUUGUGAACGACCGUGUUCGCGAGGCACUUGGCGAUACGUUUUAUGAAGAAUUCAUGUCUCAUCCAGACACCAUGUAUGUGAGUAUGACAGCCAUCCAAGCUGAUGUCUUGGUGUCGAACAAAGUCAACAUACCAGGAGUUAUCGAAACUAAAGAAUAACGUGUUUUCGAUGGUGAAAACGUUACAGUUGUGGUUAAAACUGCACGGCAGUGCGUAUUUGUGGUGUAGGCACCAAAAGAACAGGAUCUGUCAAGUCCUUCCUCGUUUGUAAAUAAUCAGUGAUAAACGGUUAUAGGUAAUCAUGAACACAACUAUUCCAGUCUGUGUAUUGAGCUGAAAAUAAAACUUUGAAAUUUCA